AUAAGCUACAGUGAGAUUCGAUAAGUAUAGGACUAAUAAAUAUGCGUAUAUUGAGCGUAUUUCAGUAGUAUUUUAGCUCCGUCUCUUCUCAAAUAUUUCACUAAAUUAAAGUAGAUAGGGAAGGGUAACAAGCAAUGCUACAGUGAGAUUUGAUAAGUGUUUACACUAUAUAGGACUAAUAAAUGAGCCUAUAUUUGAGCCUAUUACAUUAAUAGUAGUAUUUUAGCUUCGUCGCUACUCAAAUAUUUCACUAAAAUGGAUAUGGAAGGGUAACAAGCAAUAAGCUACAGUGAGAUUCGACUAAUAAAUGUGCGUAUUUUGAGCGUAUGUUAGCAGUAUUUUAGCUUCGUCUCUACUCAAAUAUUUCACUAAAAUGAAAAGGAGAGUGUAAAAAGAAAGAUGCUACAGUGAGAUUCGAUAAUAGUACACACUAUAUAGGACUAAUAAAUGAGAAAAUACCGUCCAAUAUUAAAAGGUUUAAGUUUAGGAUUUGCUCAUUUUCUAUUGUUAAUAUCUAGGUUUACUUUUUAUCUAUUCAUUUUUAGAAUCAUAUUUUAGGAUUACAAAAAUUGUCUUCUUCUGAUUCCAACUUUUUAAUAACUAGUUUUCAGAUAUUUUGAAUUUUUUCAAAUCACAAACUAGUUGAAAGUCAAGACAGGGCAGUGCCGGAGGAGUUAUGAGUGACGGAGUAAGGGUAAGUGACGGAGGAAGGAUGAGUGACGGAGUAAGGAUGAGUGAUGGAGGAAGGAUGGGUGAUAAAGAACGGAUGAGUGACGAAGAACGGAAGAGUGACGGAAGAAGGAUUAGUGACGGAAGAAAUAUGGAUGACGGAAGACGGAUGAGUGACGGAGGAAGGAUGAGUGACGGAGGAAGGAUGAGUGAAGAAGGAAGGAUCAGUGUAGGUGAACGGAUGAGUGAAGAGGGAAGGAUGAACAAAAUAGGACGGAUGAGGGAUGAGGGAAGGUUUGAUGUGCUAACUGGAUUGGAGAGGGCAGGGGUUUACCAUAUCCUGGAGUCAAUUCUAGACUUUCUUACUCUUCAAGAUAUUCUUACCGUCUUUACAGUGUGUAAAGACUGGAACCUAUGGGAUACAGAUCAAUUUUGGUCUAGAAAAAUAAAAUCACAAUAUCAGGAUGAAAGUUGUCUGAGAGGAUGGUUGGAAGAUAAAAAGUAUUUAUCAGAGAAAGAAAAAUGCAUUUAUAUUUCUCGGCUUCAAUAUAGAUGGAAACAUGCAAAGGCCGAUAUAAGAAGGAUCGAUGUAAAGUCUACAGUUCUAAGUCUAUGUUGGAGAGAAGAAUCUGUUCUAGUUGGUCUUAACAACGGUUGCAUCCAGGAGUGGAGCUUGGAUGGUCACAUGAUAAGGGAGAAAGAAAUCCAUUCCAAAGGUAUAAAAGUUCUCAAAGUUGGUGAGAAUGGAUCCGUAUUAACUGGAUCCUACGAUGGAAUCCUCAGUGCCUGGGACAGAGAAUUUUUCUUCAUAAGAAAGAAAGAUAUUGGAGUAGCUUUGACAGAUAUAGUAGUCGACAGCACAGAUAUUUAUGUAUCUGGAGAUGAUGGAAAUAUCUUGAAACUGUCUCAACCUCAAGAAUGGUCGGAACAUGAUCUCAAUAUAGAGGGUUGGAGAGUAGAUUGGAGACUCACUGGAGGAGAGAUGAUAAACUGUCUUGCUCUUUUUAAAAAUCUUAGCAGAAUUGGUUAGAAAACUUUCGUUUUUAAUCUAGCAUUAAAAUUAGCUCUCAAAAUUUUCCUUUAACUGCCACCAUUUUUUCGUAGAUUUAAAAAAAAAACCUAAAAAUAAAAUAUUUCUC